AUGGGCACAUGGACCGAUUUAGCGUCUUCUCUUUCACAUCCAAGUGAUCUACUCGAUGGCUUCCCACCACCUUACACAGAGCUUGACCCGCAGACUGCGACUCAAGCCCCCCAACUUGACACGCCAUCUUAUACUGAAUCUACCAGUACAUCUGCAACGACCAAAUUCCCUCCUGCGAUAAAUGGAUAUUUUCAAUGGAAAUUUACGACCACCUUCCACCUUGGGCCGACCGCGGACGAAAAGCUGUUCGCGGUGUCAACUCCCGCGACCGUUUUCAAGAACAAACCCACGAUUCUGUUAUACGAUGGUCCAACCAAUAAGCACCCGGUCAUGGCAACGGCUCAGGGCGACAAGUGGGGAAGGAGCAGGCCCAUCGCAAUCACACUCCUACCUCGUCCUGGAUCUCAACAUGAAGACGCCAUUGUGGAACAGGUCAUUCCCGGGGGUUCGCUGUUGCAUGCUUCACCUAGCUACACGUUCGAAACCUCCGUGGGUCCGAAAGGGACAACACGCGAAAAAUUCGAGUGGCGUAAGAGCUAUGGUAAUGAAUUCAAAGAACUUGCCGGUCUCUCCUAUGGAUGGAAAUUGGCACGGUUGACAGGGCCAGUGAACAGUGUCGGCGGGAGCAAAAAGGAGCGCGAUCGGGGGUAUACGAGCGAUGGGUUGGAGAUCGUUGCUCUCAUUGCACACAACGCUUCUUGGAGCCUGACUAAGGGGUUUCGAUUCAUUUUCAUGGGUGCUGGGUUGACUGGUACCAUGGGGGAAAUUUGGGAGAUUGUUGUGGUGACCUCUGCGCUCCAAUUGUGGGUUAUGGACGUGCAAGACACAUCUGCUGCUACACCCACUGUCGCAAGUGCUGCCAUUAGUUGA